GAAGAAGCAAGGAAAAGAUGGCGGCGGCUGCGGUUUGAAUUCCAGUGGCGCCGCUAGACUGAGAACAAGAGCUGGGUUGGAAGGGGCGGGACCUGGGGAACCGAGCAGGUCGCCACAGCUCGGGGAACCAGUGGCGCCUCCGCAGACACCGGUGCCACCAUCUCGGUGUUCAGUAAUGGACUCGGGAAUGGAAGAGGACAUCACCCUGCCUGUGACCCUCAGCGGCUGCAGUGGCCUUCACCCUGUUCUGCCAAGUGAUCUAGAUGGCAUCAUUGACACUGCUGGCUUGGGAAAUGGAGUGCUCCCAAACUUGUCAGAAGAAAAGGUCUCUCCCACCAGAGCCCGGAACAUGAAGGACUUUGAAAAUCAAAUCACUGAACUGAAGAAGGAGAACUUCAACCUAAAGCUCCGCAUCUACUUCCUUGAGGAGAGGAUGCAGCAGGAGUUUGCUGGCCCCACGGAACACAUCUACAAGACUAACAUUGAACUCAAGGUGGAAGUGGAAAGUCUGAAGCAGGAGCUCCAGGAGAGGGAUCGGUUGCUCGUCAAAGCCUCCAAAGCAGUGGAGAGCCUAGCUGAAGGGGGCGGUUCCGAAGUCCAGCGCAUGAAAGAAGAUGCGAGGAAGAAGGUGCAGCAGGUGGAAGACCUCCUGACGAAAAGGAUACAUCUUCUAGAAGAAGUAAGUCUGGAGAUGCCAAGGGUCCUCAGCUUACAGAAGGAUGUGAAAGCCGCCCAAGCAGAACUGGAGAAGGCCUAUGCAGGGACAGAAACAGAGAAGGCUCUUCGCCUCAGCUUGGAAAGCAGGCUCUCAGCGAUGAAGAAGAUGCAGGAGGGGGACUUGGAGAUGAUUCUGGCUCUGGAAGAGAAGGACAGACUGAUUGAGGAGUUGAAGCUGUCUUUGAAGAGCAAAGAAGCUUUAAUUCAGUGCCUUAAAGAGGAGAAAUCUCAGAUGGCAUCUCCUGACGAGAAUGUGUCAUCUGGAGAACUCCGAGGACUUUCUGCCACUCUGAGGGAAGAAAAGGAGAGAGACGCUGAGGCUGCACAAAGGGAAUGGCAGAAGGAGAGAAGCCACUUUGAAGAGAAGAUCCAGGCACUUCAGGAGGACCUGAGAGAGAAGGAAAGAGAAAUUGCUACAGAGAAGAAAAAUAGCUUAAAGAGGGAUAAAGCCAUUCAGGGCCUAACCAUGGCAUUAAAAUCAAAGGAAAAAGAGGUUGAAGAACUUAAGUCCAAAAUCCAAGAGCUCACUGCUGCCUUCACCAAAGCCAGAGAGGCUCUCUUGAAAACACAGGUCACAAAAUGCCAGGGCUCUGAGGACUACGAGGCUGCCCUGGAGGAAAAGGAAGCCCUGUUGACCAAGCUGCACUCAGAAAACCUCACAAAGAGCACAGAGAACCACAGACUGCUAAGGAAUGUUAAAACGGUCACCCAGGAGUUGAGUGACCUGAAGAAGGAGAAUCUGAGACUAGAGAGGGACCUGGAGGAAGCCCACCAAGAGGGGGACAGACGAGCCCGAACCAUCCAUGAACUUAGAAAUGAAGUUGAAAAACUACGAAAUGAAGUGAAUGAGAGAGAGAAGGCAGUGGAGAAUCAUUGCAAGAGUCUUCCGAGCGAAAGCAAUAAACAGCUCCCUACUCAAGAACACAUGGUCAAAUGUUUAACAGAAAGUGGCAGUCAGACGGACCUGAUGCUUCAGGAAGAGCAACAAUCAGACUAUGAAGGGCUGGCUGGGGAUUUAAAGACGGAACAGAGCAUCUAUGCCCAUCUGGCAAAGACUCUGCAGGACUCAGACAGUGCCAGCGACAUGCAGGCUGAGCUGAAAGAGGUCCUUGCCCUGCAGAAGCAGCUGGAACAAGAUGUACUUGCCUAUCGGAAUCUGCAAACGGCCCUGCAGGAGCAGCUCAGUGAAAUUCAGAGGCGGGAAGAAGAACCGUUUUCAUUUUAUAGUGAUCAAACAUCGUAUCUAAGUAUUUGCCUUGAAGACCACAAUCAGUUUCAAGUGGAACAUUUUUCUCAAGAAGAACUCAAGAAAAAGGUUAGUGACCUCAUACAGCUUGUGAAGGACCUGUACACAGACAAUCAGCACCUGAAGAAAACCAUUUUUGAUCUCUCUUCCAUGGGUUUCCAGGGAAACGACAGACUUGAGUCAACAAAGCAAACAGAGCUUCUAGCUAGCAAGGAGGAUGAAGACACAAUCAAAAUUGAAGCAGAUGAUGAGAAUCAUUUCCAGAGUGACCAGCAUUUGGAGCAGAGUAAUGAGAUGAUGGAGGACUAUGCCAAGGGCGGCUGCAAAAAUGGUUAUUUAAAGCACAUGGAUUUCAACAUUUUAGACCAUGAUGGGGCCCAAACACCUGGUAACUGUGGAGACCAGAGUCUGGAAGAUGAGCUCCUGGGCCUGCUUGCCACUUUCUUCCAAAAGAUGGCCACACUGUCGCUGGAAUCCAGGCCAGAUCUUCUGAAAGCACUUGGAGCCUUACUUUUGGAUCGAAUAUGCUUGGCAGAGCAGGUGCUUCCUGGAAAUCACCUUGAUAGUAAAGCUAAGAAGGCACUCCGGCAAGUCGCUAUUCAGUUCAGGGAUGAACUUGGCCAUUCUUUACAAGAAAACUCAUUCUCCAAAUCACACAAUGAACUCAAGUCAACAUGGGAGCUAGUAAAAACAGGUGAUGAAGCCAAGGUGGAGCUGAAGAAUGCCUCAGUGCAAACCAUCACCAUAGAGGACACACCCCAUGAAUUCAAAUCUGAAGGGAAGAGAGAAGCUUGGGAAGAAAAAACAGAAGAGGCCGUUUUCAGCACUGACCCUGAGUCAGAGACCUUGUCUGAGAUGCCAGGGCUAGGGGCUACUCUCCACUCAUUCUCCAGUACAGUCAACAAGGAUGCUGAGAAGACGGGCUUGCUGAUCCAAUUGAAAACAUCUGAGUUAUUGGAAAAUAUGUAUGCUCUUCCUGCCUCCUUAGAGGUGGUGGCUCAGCUCCAGGGCCAUGUUCUAGAGCUGCAGAGGGAGCUGAAGGAGUAUAAAACAUACAAUAAGGAACUCCAUGACAAGCUACUUCUGGCAGAGGCAAUGAUAGAGGGGAUGGCAAUACCCAACCCGGAGCUGCUGAAUGGGCCUGCAGCUCAGCCUGAUGUGAGAGCAGCCUGCCAGGACAACCCAGGCGAGCAAGAAGGACCUGAAACCACGCAUUCUUCUUGGAGAGACAAGGAAGUGGACAGUGACCAAUACACAGGCUUUGAGAUCGAUUCUGAAAUUUCUCCGCCUGAUGACCUUGCCUUAUUACCAGCAUGCGAAGAGAACCCUGAAGACUUCCUAGGCCCAACCUCUGGAGCCACUUACUUGAAUUCCAGCAGUCAGCUUUCCGUUAAAGUCAGUGUGAUUGAGACUGAGCAGUCUGAGAACAUCAAUGUCUCCAGUGACAAUGAAGACUUAAAACAGAAAAUCCACAACUUGCAAACUGAACUGGAUGGCUACCGGAACUUCAUUGUCCAGUUACAGAAGCACUCUCAGUGCAGUGAAGCCAUUAUCACAGUUUUGUGUGGGACAGAGGGAGCUCAAGAUGGCUUGAACAAGCCCAAGGACCAUAUUGAUGAAGAAGAGAGGACAUUUUCAAGGUUGCACCAAGUACGAUAUGUGAAGCACAUGAAAAUCCUCCGUCCACUAACCCCAGAGAUGAUUGAUAGUGGGAUGCUAGAGAACCUCAAACAGCAGCUGGUGGAACAAGAGCAGGAGCUAUUGAAGGAGCAGGAUUUGAACUUGAAACUUUUCAGCGAAAUCCAUAACCUGCAGAACAAGUUCCAAGACCUCUCCCCAUCAAGAUACGAUUCAUUGGUUCAGUCCCAAGCCAGGGAGCUCUCCCUUCAGCGGCAGCAGAUUAAGGAUAGCCAUGACAUCUGUGUCAUUUACCGUCAACACAUGAGCACCAUGAUCAAGGCAUUUGAAGAGCUUCUGCAGGCCAGUGAUGUGGACAAUUGUGUGGCCGAGGGCUUCAGGGAGCAGCUAACACAGUGUGCUGAACUGCUUGAACAACUGGAAAAGCUGUUUCUCCAUGGAAAAUUAGCCGGAGUGGAACCAUGUCCCCAGAGUGAACUGCUAGAGAGGUUAAGGACUGAGGAAGGCAACUUAACCUACCAACAUCUCCUGCCUGAAUCUCCUGAGCCUUCUGCCGCUCACGCACUGUCAGAUGAUGAAGUGUCUGUUAAGUCCUUCCUGUCCGGAGACCAGAAACCAGACAGCGAGACUGAAAAGUGCCCAGAGAUGUCGAGCCAUUUUCCUCAAGACUUACUAAUGGAACACAUACAGGAAAUUCGAACUUUGAGAAACUGUUUGGAAGAAUCUAUUAAGACAAAUGAGAAGCUCCGGAAACAGUUGGAGCGGCAGGGGUCUGAAACUGACCAAGUUUCCACAAAUGUUUCUGCUUAUGGCUCAGAGCUACAUAGCUCUCUGACGUCAGAGAUACAUUUCCUGAGGAAGCAGAAUCAGGCCCUCAGUAUGAUGCUCGAGAAAGGGUCCAGAGAUAAACAGAAAGAGAAUGAAAAAUUACUUGAGUCUCUGUCCAGGAAGGCUGCAAGUCUUGAGCACCUUCAGUUAGAGUACACCAGUGUAAAAGAAGAAAAUGAAAGGUUGCAGAAAGACAUCAGUGAGAAGGAGAGACAGAACCAGCAGCUGACCCAGGAGGUCUGCAGCAGCCACCAAGAACUGAGCAGGGUACAGGAAGAAAUGAAGUCGAGGCAGCAACUGCUCUCACAGAAUGAUAAGCUCCUCCAGUCCCUCCGAGUGGAGCUGAAGGUGUAUGAGAAGCUGAAUGAGGAACAUAGGAAGCGAGAGACCCAAGGUGAGGCAUCUGGAGAAGGCUGGAAGGGGCCUGACUGUUUGAGCAACCUACAUGGCCUCCUGACAGAGGUACAGGCUCUCCGUGACCAGCUAGAAAGGAGCAUCCAGACUAAUAACACCCUGAGGAGCAAGCUAGAGGAGCAGCUGUCACUGGGUCCAAAGAAAGCCCAGGAAGGGGACCUCACUGUGGCUGUCAAGGCCCUGUCUGUCACCGAGUGGUCCCUUCAGCUGGACAAACACGAUGGCAACAGAUGUCCUGAGGCCAGUGAUAAUUCAUUUGAUCUGUUUGACUCUACUCAGGCAAUGGCACCUAAGUCAGCUUCUGAGACUCCUCUGCUCUCCGGAACUGACGUUGACUCCCUCUCCUGUGACAGUAGCACUUAUGCCACCAGUCCCACUUGCAUGCCCUGUGUGGUUGCUGGCCACCAUAUGUGGGCCAGCAAGAGUGGCCCCCAUAUGCUGGGCCUGAUUGAGGACUAUGAUGCCCUCCAUAAGCAGAUUAGCCGGGGUCAGAGACUGCUUGCGAAGAUGGACAUUCAAACUCAAGAGGCUCUGAGCCCCACAACUCAAAAGCUGGACUCACAGGGUUCACACGCUGUGCCUCUGAGCAAGUUUCUCUCCAGCAUCAAUGCAGCCAAGCAGAUUCUGGAAGAAUCCUCAAGGUUGUUGAAGCUCUUCUGGAGGGUCUCAGUCCCCACAGACGGCCAGUGUUCCCUUCACUGUGAGCAGAUUGGAGAAAUGAAGGCAGAGAUCACCAAACUACACAAAAAGUUGUUUGAACAAGAAAAGAAGCUGCAGAACACUGCAAAACUUCUGCAGCAGAAAAAGCAUCAGGAGAAAGUCAUCUGUGAUCAGUUGGUCAUCACCCACCAAGUCCUUCGGAAGGCCAGACGAAACCUGGAGCGAAGGACUAGGGCUGCCCAUCCAGGAACAUCCAGUCCCAGCCGACUGGGUUCAUGAGAAGAGCUUUCAGCUAAUAAAGCUUGUGGUUCUGAGAUCA